AUGGCACUGGAAGUAAAUGUCGCAGAUACCAUUUCAGUGAGAGAUUUGGUUGCGCAGACUGUCAAGGAACUCGGAAGCUUGGAUUAUGCCGCCAAUGUUGCCGGAAUCACAACAAAAGCCCGAGUCUCAACCGCCAACUACCCACACCAAGAGUAUGAUAAGAUCCUGGAGAUAAAUACAAAGGGUAUCAUGAUCUGCAUGCAGGAACAGAUUCAGGCAAUGCAGAAGCAAGCGGCUACUUGCACACCUGGAAUCGAGAACUCACUUCGAGCGCAGCGAGGAAGCAUCAUCAAUAUUGCCUCUGUAACUGGUUUUGCUGGAUUGCAAAACAUGAUGCCAUAUAAUGUUUCCAAGCAUGCCGUGCUUGGUCUCACCAAAUCCGCAGCAAUUGACCAUGGUCGCGACGAAAUUCGUAUCAAUGCUGUCUGUCCGGGUAUGACUGAGACGCCCAUGGUUGCGGCUCGGACGACUUCGAUCCCCCGGAAGGCCAGUGGCUGGGCAGUAGAUGGGAAUGGAAGGCAGCGACUUGCUAUCCCUGAGGAAAUUGCGGAUGUUUGCAUAUUUCUGAGUGGUUGUGGAGCCAGCUAUAUGUCGGGGUCAUCGGUUGUGGUGGAUGCCGGACAUCUGGCGGCAAGGCGAUAUGAGAGUAACUUGUAA